AUGGCCUCCGCAACCGUCACAAAGACCAACAUCGGUGUCUACACCAACCCCAAACAUGACCUCUGGAUCGCCGAUUCGACUCCAACAGUAGAGGACAUCAAUUCUGGCAAGGGCCUGAAGGCCGGCGAGGUCACAGUUGAGGUCCGCAGCACUGGUAUCUGCGGUUCCGAUGUUCACUUCUGGCACGCCGGGUGUAUUGGUCCUAUGAUCGUCACUGGCGACCACGUCCUCGGCCACGAAUCGGCAGGCCAGAUCCUUGCAGUCGCGCCUGAUGUCACACACCUCAAGGUCGGCGACCGCGUCGCUAUUGAGCCCAAUGUUAUCUGCAACGCCUGCGAGCCCUGUCUGACCGGUCGCUACAACGGCUGCGAAAAUGUCGCUUUCCUCUCCACUCCCCCUGUCGACGGCCUGCUCCGUCGCUACGUCAAUCACCCCGCCGUUUGGUGCCACAAGAUCGGUGAUAUGAGCUUCGAGGAUGGUGCUAUGCUUGAGCCUCUGAGUGUUACUCUGGCUGCUGUCGAGCGCAGCGGUCUGCGUCUCGGUGACUCUCUGUUGAUCACCGGUGCCGGGCCUAUCGGUCUCAUCAGCUUGCUCAGCGCGCGGGCUGCGGGUGCUUGUCCCAUUGUCAUCACCGAUAUUGAUGAGGGCCGUCUGGCUUUCGCCAAGUCGCUUGUUCCUGAAGUUCGCACCUACAAGGUUGAGAUUGGCAAGUCAGCUGAAGAGUGCGCAGACGGUAUUAUCAAUGCCCUGAAUGACGGCAAGGGCUCUGGCCCUGAUGCACUGCGCCCUAAGCUGGCUUUGGAAUGCACCGGUGUCGAAAGCAGUGUCAACUCCGCUAUCUGGAGUGUCAAGUUCGGUGGCAAGGUCUUUGUCAUUGGUGUCGGCAAGAACGAGAUGACUAUUCCCUUCAUGCGUCUCAGCACCCAGGAGAUCGACCUGCAGUACCAGUACCGAUACUGCAACACCUGGCCCCGCGCCAUUCGCCUUGUCCAGAACGGUGUGAUUGACCUGAGCAAGUUGGUCACUCACCGGUUCUCACUUGAGGAUGCUCUCAAGGCAUUUGAGACAGCUGCCAACCCCAAGACUGGAGCUAUUAAGGUGCAGAUCAUGAGCUCAGAGGAGGAUGUUAAGGCCGCCAAUGCUGGUCAGAAGAUUUAA